AUGUUGGUGAUAAGCUUAUACCCGUCUGUAAAAAAAAUGUUUUUGGAAACUCUGGGGCUUGGGGAAUGGAGUGUAAAGAGCUGGGUGGAGACAUCGCAUUACGGUACACCUUCCAGUGGAGCAGAAACUAACAGUCGUAGAUUACCCAGAAAAUCCCAAAAUGAUUCAUUUAUAACAACAUUUCUAGAAAAAUUGCCAAAGCUUCCUAGUCACUAUUGUCGGAAAGACACUACAAAGUUGUACCUUGAACAUGAGUUUUCUAGUUACUCAGACUUAUAUAAAGCUUUCGUGGAUUAUUCAAAAACACAAAACACAGCACCAGCCAGUAGAAAUACAUUAAUAAAGUGGGUACAUAAAAAGAAUAUUGGUAUAUUCAAGCCUCGCAAGGAUCGGUGUGAUACAUGUGUACAGUAUGAAUCUCAAAAUCUAAUCCUAGAAGACUGGGAACAACAUAGAACAGACAAAGAGAGACCUCAAAAAGAAAAAAAUGAUGAUAAAGAAAAAGCAAUGCAGGGAGUCUGUCAUGUUAUUACAGUAGAUCUGCAAGCCGUUAAAACUUGUCCUUAUUUACAAGCGAGUUUGCUUUACUUUAAAACUAAGCUUGUAUGCCAUAAUUUUACUGUAUACGAUCUAGCUACAAAUCAAUGUACUUGCUAUUGGUUCACUGAGCUGGACGCAGAUCUUCAAGCGUCCACGUUUGCAUCACUUCUUGUAGACUAUUUAACAAAAAAGUAUCUUCAAAAUGCAGCCCACAUAAAACCAAUAAUAAUUUAUUCUGAUGGUUGCACAUAUCAGAAUAGAAACAGUACCAUGGCAAAUGCUCUGCUUAGUCUAUCACGCCAAUAUAAUGUGCAAAUAACUCAAAAGUUCUUGAUUAAAGGUCAUUCUCAAAUGGAAUGUGAUAGUGUUCAUGCUGUUAUUGAAAGAAAGCUAAAAAAUAAGAACAUCGAAAUACCAAAUGAUUACUAUCGUCUUACUGGAGAAGCGCGUCAAAACCCAUUUCCUUAUGAAGUCGUAACUCCAGAUUUUACUUUUUUCAAAAACUAUAGUGCCGAUUUGGUCUACUAUUUAAUCCGCCCUGGUAAAAAAUCCAAUGAUCCGACAGUCACGCAGAUAAGGGCACUGCAGUAUGAACAAGGCUUGAUAACAUACAAAAUUAAUUUCGACCAAGAGUUUGCAGAAUCACCUCAUCGUCCAAGAAGGACCCCAAACGACAUAAACCAAUUUCUCCAAUUGUUUGAGCACAAACUGCCAAUUGCAAAGAAGAAAUACGAUCAUUUACAAGAAAUAAAAACCAAAAUUAGUCAAAAUUAUUGGCCAUUUUAUGACAGUUUACCUUUCAAAUGGGUUUUUAUUAUUUUUAUAUUUCCUUGUUUCCUGUUCAUUUUUUUACUGUAA